AGAUAAAAAUCAAAAAUUGUAUUUAUUAUUUUUUCUUCGGGCGUCGCGCGCAUCGAAUUUUCGUCCGAAGCACGAUCUCUCUUACGGGAGCAGCCAUUUUUAUAUCUGGGAAGGCUGAGAUAGUUGCAAUCAACAUUUCGCUGCCUAAGUGUAAACAUAUUAACUAUUUAAUUACUUAUCUAUCCUUGCGCAGGCUAUGCUGAAGUCCGCUAAAGCGGAGUACAGAACGCGAUAUUGGUGAAGUUUGUGUAUUUAGAUGUCUAGUGCUACAGGUUCGCACACUGAUCAAAGCCUGAGCCCACCGGCGAAGAAGCGCAGGACUGAAAUUAAGUCGAAUUCAAAUUCAAUUUGUGAAAAUAACAGCUCAGGUGAAAUGGCACAGAAUGGGUCUUCCAACCAAGAGAAUGCAACUUCCAACAACAUUGAUGAAGGAUUAUAUUCCAGACAACUCUAUGUUUUGGGUCAUGAGGCCAUGCGGCGUAUGGCUACAGCAGAAAUACUUAUUUGUGGCGCUAAAGGUUUAGGUAUUGAAGUGGCAAAGAAUAUUAUCCUUAGUGGUGUGAAAAGUGUCACCGUUCACGAUAAUAAUUCAUGUGAAAUAAAAGAUCUGUCUUCUCAGUAUUACCUGACAAAAGCUGAUGUUGGUAAAAACCGAGCUGAAGUUAGUGUGGAACACCUCAGAGAACUUAACCGAUAUGUCUCUGUUCAUGCUCAUACAGAUAAUCUCUCUGAAGAUUUCUUGAGGAAGUUCAGGGUUGUGGUCUUAACUGAUUCUUCAUUGGAAGAACAGCAUACUGUAGGAGAUUUUACUCACACGAAUAAUAUUGCCUUAAUAAUUGCUGAUACAAAGGGUCUUUUUGGUCAAAUAUUUUGUGAUUUCGGAGAAGAUUUUACUGUUCAUGAUGUCAAAGGAGAACAGCCUUUAUCAGCAAUGAUUGCUUCCGUUAGUAAAGAAAACAAUGGUGUUGUUACAUGCCUUGAUGAAACAAGACAUGGCUUUGAAGACGGUGACUAUGUAACAUUCUCUGAAAUACAGGGUAUGGUUGAAUUAAAUGGCUGUGAACCAAGAAAAGUCCAAGUUUUAGGUCCAUACACGUUUAGCAUUGGAGACACAUCAAAUUAUGGAGAAUAUAUUAGAGGAGGUGUGGCAACUCAAGUCAAUAUGCCAAAAAAAAUUACAUUCAAAUCCUAUAAAGAGUCUACAGUAGAUCCAGAAUUUGUCAUGUCAGAUUUUGCCAAGUUAGACUACCCUCCACAGAUUCAUUUAGCUUUUCAAGCAGCACAUGUUUUCAAAAAGAACAAUGGCAGGCUGCCCAAACCUUGGAAUGCAGAAGAUGCUGAUGAUUUUCUGAGUAUUGUGAAAGACUUAAACUCGAAGACUGCCAACCCUGUGGACUUAAAUGAUGACUUGAUUCGACGUUUUGCUCAUAUUUCUGAAGGUGACUUAUGUCCCAUGCAAGCUGUGAUAGGUGGUAUAACUGCUCAAGAAAUAAUGAAGGCAAGUAGUGGCAAAUUCCAUCCUAUAGUGCAGUGGCUCUACUUCGAUGGCUGUGAGUGCCUACCGGAUGAGCCUGUGAAUGAAGAAUUAGCCCAACCUGUUGGUACAAGAUAUGAUGGCCAAGUAAGUGUAUUUGGCAGCGAUUUCCAAAAGAAACUCUCAAACUUAACUUAUUUUGUUGUUGGUGCGGGUGCUAUUGGUUGUGAGCACUUAAAGAAUAUGGCAAUGAUGGGUCUCUCAACAGGAGCUGAAGGAAAAGUAAUCAUCACAGACAUGGAUCGCAUCGAGCGCUCUAAUCUCAACAGGCAGUUCUUGUUCAGACCUUGGGAUGUCGGUGGCAUGAAAUCCACAAUUGCUGGUCAAGCUGUGCUGAAAAUGAAUCCAGAAGUAAAAGUGGAAGCCCAUCAGAACAGAGUUGGAUCUGAGACAGAAGCAACUUACGAUGACGAUUUCUUCGAAGCAUUGGAUGGUGUUGCCAAUGCUUUGGACAAUGUAGAUGCAAGAACUUAUAUGGAUAGAAGGUGUGUUUAUUAUAGGAAGCCCCUUUUAGAAUCAGGCACUCUUGGUACCAAAGGAAAUGUCCAGGUAGUGAUCCCCUUCUUGACAGAAUCCUAUUCAUCCUCACAAGAUCCACCUGAAAAAUCAAUUCCUAUUUGUACAUUAAAGAAUUUUCCCAAUGCUAUUGAACAUACUUUACAGUGGGCCCGAGAUGAGUUUGAAGGACUUUUCAAACAGGCUGCAGAAAAUGCCUCCUUAUAUCUUACAGAUCCAUCCUUCAUUGAAAGAACAUUAAAACUUGCUGGUAAUCAACCGCUAGAAAUUUUAGAAAGUGUAAAGAGAGUCCUGAUUGAUGAUAGGCCAGAAACUUUUGAUGACUGCAUCAUUUGGGCUCGUCUCCACUGGGAAGAUCAGUAUAAUAAUCAAAUUAGGCAAUUACUUUUCAACUUCCCUCCUGAUCAGGUAACAAGUACUGGUGCUCCAUUUUGGUCUGGUCCAAAACGUUGUCCAAAAGCUUUAACAUUUGAUGUUAACAAUCCACUUCACUUGGACUAUGUAGUGAGUUCUGCUAAUCUUAGAGCUUUCAUGUAUGGCCUUCCAGAAAAUAGCGAUAGAAGUUACAUUGCUGCUGUUACUAGAAAAGUGGAAGUGCCGGAGUUUGUACCCCGAUCUGGUAUUAGAAUCGCUGUGACAGACUCUGAGGCGGCAGAUAACAGUGCUACAGCUGACAUUGAUAGGUUAUCUCAAAUACAAACUGAUUUGCCUAAUAAUUCUGUACUGAAAAUUAAAAUUCAACCUAUUGAAUUUGAAAAAGAUGACGACACAAAUUUUCAUAUGGACUUUAUUGUUGCUGCUUCCAAUCUUAGGGCAGAAAAUUAUGGCAUCUCACCUGCUGACAGACACAAAAGCAAGUUGAUUGCGGGUAAAAUUAUUCCUGCAAUUGCUACUACUACUGCGAUUGUAUCUGGCUUGGUUUGUCUGGAACUCUACAAGUUAGUUCAAGGUCACAAGAAACUCGAAACUUACAAGAAUGGUUUUAUAAAUCUUGCUCUGCCUUUCUUCGCAUUUUCUGAACCUCUACCUGCUCCUAAACAAAAGUAUUAUGAUACGGAGUUUACCCUUUGGGACCGAUUUGAAGUGACUGGUGAAUUGACAUUACGAGAGUUCUUAAAACAUUUCAAAACUGAAUACAAUCUAGAAAUUACGAUGCUCUCUCAAGGUGUCUGCAUGCUUUACUCUUUCUUCCUUCAAGAGCAAAAAAGGAGAGAAAGAUUAGAUCUUAAAAUGAGUGAAGUGGUGGAGAAAGUAUCGAAACGUAGAAUAGAACCUCAUGUCAAAGCUUUAGUGUUUGAAUUGUGCUGCAAUGAUGCAGAUGGUGAAGAUGUUGAAGUACCUUAUGUCAGAUAUACACUACCAUGAAGCAAUAAGCAACAUAGUAUUUGUAUCUAAUUCCGAGAUUUACAGAAAACUAAUGGCAAGUGUCAGAAGAAAAGUGCAUAGGACUUUUUAUUUCAACAAAUUGUUCCUUUGUGGAGAAAGUGUGGAUUAAUAAUAUUUUUGUCUCUUCAUCUUUUAUAUCCACCAGAUUUUAUAUUUAUUUCCAUGCUUAUUUAUCUGGCUGAUUUUUUAUGCCAAAAAUUUUGAAGAAAAUGUUUUGUGUUACAACAACUUGCAGUCUUAACUACUACUACUAAUAAUAAUAAAGUUUUCAUCUUUUUUAAA